GAGGAAGAUAACGUCAAUGGCGUGCACUCACGAUUCACAGUGACCUCCGCUCACGACAUUACACUCACGUCCCUCUGUGUCUGCGUGUGUGUGUGAGUGAGCGAUAGGGUCUUUCGUUAGGCCGUCUAUCUGACAGUGGUGAGGAAUUCUCCAUCUCUACGUCACGGUUCCAGAAGGUGCUAGUGAUUUGCUGUAGUUCAGGACACGGGAAUCGUACAUUUUGUGAAGCUACCUGAUCGCCGAGACUGACGUCACCAUCACAAGCCAAACAAGGAAAUGCAGAAGAGAAACCCACAUCCGGCCUCCGAUGGCGAGAGCGACUCCAGUGACAGCACAGACACACAGCAAUACCAAGAUGGCGACGUCCGUCGGCGGGGGAGAGAGGAAAUGACGUCAGAAGAGGGAGACAACUCUGGGAGAGCUGAUGGCUCUGGUGGCGGUGAAGGGAACGCUGAAUACGAGAUGGCUCAGCUGGGGAAUGGGACCGCUCACGUGGGGAACGGACAGACGCAUGUUGGGAACGGAAUCAAGCCCACGAGGAAUAAUUUCACCGAGAGUAAACCAGGCCGCCUCCCUCCGAUCGGUGCUCCAGACAGAGACAGAGAGUUUCAGGACGGAGUCACCAACACAGGCCCAGAGAUGACCAAAGUCGGCGUGGAGAACACCGGCUACUCGGACGAUGACAUCAUAGAGAUCAAAGACCCUGACGCCAUCACUUCCAACGGAGUCAGCAGUAACCAUGACCCGGAAGCAGGAGUUGACCCGGAUGUCGACGCUGACCCCGGCCCCGCCCUGGAUGCCCCCGUGGACUUUGACCCCAAGACAGAGCCUCUGUGGUACUGCAGCUUUGUCGCCCGUCGGUACAAGCUGGCCUUUGCCCUCGGCCUCGGCGUGCACUUGGGACUUGUCGUUCUGUCCGGAAUUCUCGUCGUCUCCGGCUAUGACCUCUUCCCAACAGACUUCGGACAGGUGCCGCUGAAUCUAAAGGAUGAUGCCACGUAUCUCAGAGCUCUUGCCUGGAAGUACCGAGAUGCUGAUCCGACCUUGCUGACCGCCAACACCAGCGCGAGUGUGCUGGGCGCACGUACCAAGAACGGGGAUCUCAUCCAGGUGUUUUACCACGGCGGGAAUGUACUCACCAAGGAAAGACUCCAGGCAAUCCACGACUUGGAGACCCGUCUGAUGGGUGUCCCCAACUUCUCCGACUACUGUAAAGAGGACAUAUCCACGCCGGCCCAGGACUGUGUCAAACCCACGUCACUCAUCAGGUACACAGCACAUCGCCACCUCACAAAUUACUAAAAGGUUAUACUUUCCCCUUUAAGUUUUGAGGAUAGAGCUCCCUUUAGAAUUGGUGAUUUUGGAGCGAAUUUGGAAAUUUUGAUCUUUUGCUGGUCCAAAUUCCAGUUCUGUAAAGGUUUUAAAAAUAUAAUUAACUAGGUUAUUUCGACUUUUAUUUUUAACUGUUUGUGCUCCUGGUCCCUCAUUAACAGCCAACAUUGCGCAUCACAAUGAGACU